AUCCUUUAAAAAUAUAUAUUAAAAUGACAAUAAAUUUAAAUACGGAUAUUCUUCGAUGCAAUAUGUGAUUUAUGCGGAUUUGUUAUUAAAUUAUACAAUGGAGAUACCAUACAAGAAAAUAUGUAUUUAUUUAUUGACGUUUGCAGCUUACGCGUAUACUGGUAUUGGAUCUAAUAUGCUAAGAAAUUUGAAAGAUGCUGUUCUAUCCGCAGAAUCAGUUUUUGGAGAUAUGUUUCGUAAUGUUAUUACUGUUGCCGAGAAAUUUAAAUCUUUACAUGAUGUAUUCGAUGCAGCCGUAGAAGAAGAAUGUAUAUUUACUUGUCCAGGAGGCCAAAAGCCAGUUAGAAACCGAAAUCAUAUACCGAAAUCUGAUGGAUGUGGUUCAUUGGGAUUUGAAAUAUCAUCGGAAUACUUACCAUUAAAUGAGAUGACAAAAUGCUGUGAUGCUCAUGAUAUUUGUUACGACACAUGCAACAGCGGAAAAGAAGUAUGUGACCUAGAGUUUAAGAGAUGUCUCUAUAAUUACUGCAAUUCAUAUAAAUCUGUGAACAUUGCUGGUGAGACUAUCACUAAAGGUUGUAAAGGUGCAGCUAAAUUGCUAUUUACAGGAACACUUACAUUAGGAUGUAAAUCAUAUUUGGAUGCACAGAAGAAUGCUUGUUACUGUCCAGACAAGAAUACCAAGUACAAGAAAUAUUCAGGAAAUGAAGACUACUGGCUCUGGAUUCAGCAAAGUAGUUUCCAUGACCAUCACAUCAGGCAACAUGAUGGAAUCCAGCAGUUUCUUCUAGGUCCAUUCCAAAGAGAAUUUGAAGUUCAAUUGAUACAACAAGUGUGUACAUGGUGUGGUCUCGUGUCAAGCUUCUACGAGACGAGAGCAAACAAGCGACACAUGAGACAAUGAGAUGAAUGUGUACAGCACAUUAGAAAAAUUGUUACCCAGCUGCUGGAUUCCAACAAUGGUACAGUCACAAUUCAACACUAAUGCAAUAGGAAUCUUAAACCUUUAUGUCACAAUGGCCUUAAAUUUUUUUUUUUUUAAUUAUAAUUACAUGAUAUUAUUUACCCCUUUGACUGUCGUGUAGGUCACCAGUGCCUUCAGUGGCCACAUUAAAGUAAUUAUGUCGAUUUCUAUUAUUUAGCACCUCGAUUGCCUAACUUUGCUUUCUUUUGUUUUUAAUGAAUUGAACUUUUAGGUCUUUUAAAAAUAGAUUCAUUCUCAUUUUCUUCUGAUUUAUCUU